ACAACAACAUUAAUGACAAUCAAUAAUAAUGAAACACUGCCACCAACAUCACUAGAACAACAACAACAAUCAUUAAAUGAACCACAGAUUGUUCGUAGAAGGCAAAGAAAACAACAGAUUUGCUUACGAAAAUCACCACCAUCAUCACCUAUACAUUUGGAAGAAGAAGAAGAAGAAAAAAAACAAUCUGAAAUAAAUCUAAAUGAUGAAAAAAUCGAUAAUAUUGAUUCGAAUGAAAAUGAUACUAAUAUUGUGAAGAUAAUGAAAAGAGCACGUAAAAAAUCUAUGAAAAAUAAUAAUGAACAUGAUGGCAUAAGUUUAUUACAGAAAACAUCUGAUAAUAAUAAAAAUAAAACUCGAUAUGUUAAACAAAAUUUGAAAAAUAAUUCACGAAAUCAUCAAUCUAUUGUGGUAACAGCAAAUCAGAAACCAAUGUCCAUUGAUAAUAAACGUAAUGGACAAUGGCAACGAUUAACACCUGUAUCACAAUUAUUAUUAGAUCAGAUGCCCAAUUCGGAUUCAUCGUCCGAUUCUGACACACAACAUCAAUCAUCAUCUAAUGAAGAAACUACGGUAAUGAAAAAACAAUUACAACAAACAAAUAAAGAACCACCACCAUCAUCAUCAUCGACGACGGCGACGAUGGUGGUAGAUUCGAUGAAUAAAUCAUCAACAAAUAAUCAACAGACAUCAAAAAAAGAAAAACAAUUACCAAUACAGAAUCGUUAUCGUAAACGAUUAGCUCGGCUAAAGAAACGUGCUGAAUCAUUAGCUGCUACAAAUAUGGUGGUGUCGAAUCAUUCACCAUCAUCAUCAUCAAAUGUUAUCAAUACAGAUGACAAUAACAGUGAUUCAGAAAUGAUAAAUUUAAAUGAUAAAAAUGAUGAAUGUGAUAAAAUAAUUCCUGAAAUACCAUCAUCGUCUCAUGAUGUAUUGACACCAGUCAAAACAAAACGGUUGAAAAAAUCUAAAAAUCUGUUGCCAUCGUCAUCAUUAGCAAUGAAUACAAAUGAUGAUCAUCAAUCUGUUGAUGAAAUUAUUGAAUUUGUUGUAGAUAAAUAUUGUCAAAACAAUCAUCGACGAAAACAACAACAGAAUGAUGAUGAUAAUGUUGUCAAUAAAAAUGUGCUCAAUCAUAUGAUUAAUAAGAAAACGAAAUCAUUGAAAACAUCAAUUUCCGAUGGCAGCACCAAGAGUUUACUACUUGAAAUCAAUGAUGAUAGUAGCGACGAUGAUGGUGAUUAUGAACCUGUAAAAGUUAAAAAAAUUAAAUCAAAGAAAAUGAUAAUGAAAACGAAAAAUAAACAAAAAUUGAAAAAGAAAAAAUCCAUAGAAAAAUCAUCCGAACAUUCUAAACGUGAAGAUUUGGAAAUGAAUCGUACUGUUAAUCUAUUUAGUGAUUCAAUGCGACGAAAAUUAUCAUUAAAAAAUAAUGGUCACAUUCAACAGCAGCAGCAACCAAAUUCAGAAUCAUUGAAUUUGCUCAACGAGAGACGAAUAAUUGGUCCAAUCAUACGAAUUAUUCGCGAUAAAUUAUUGAAUAACAAAAUGAACGAUAAUGGUAAAAAAUCGAAAAAAUCAAAAUGUAAACAUUCUGAUCCUAUUGAAGAUGAUGAUCUUUAUACAAGAAUUUUGUUGGAUAGUCGAUUACAAUAUCAUUUGAUCAAUAAGAUUGAUGAAUUACCCAGUACGACUGCGAAUCAAACAAUGAAUAAUCAAUUGAUGAAUGCAUCAGCGGCAACAAAUGCCACAUCAUCCGUAUCAUCAUAUCUUCGAUCAUCAGCUGGACGUUUACGUAAAUUAAAACAAAAUCUAAUCGAUGCUCAAACUGAAGAUCGUGUGGAUGAUUGGUGUUGUAUAUUUUGUCAACAACGGCCAAACGUUAAUAAUCUUGGCUAUCUUUAUGGGCCUUAUUAUUUUGAUGAUGAUUUUGGCAUAAUGAUAAAUAAUAAUGGUGACCGCCGAACUAUCUUCAACGCGAAAAUUGAAAUAUGGUUUCAUGAACAAUGUUAUCUAUGGACCAAUAUACCGAUGGCAACACCAUAUCGGCCAAUAAAUAGCCAUUCAUUAACAAUUAUAAAUGAAGCAUUAAAAUCGUGCUGUUAUUAUUGUAAUCAAAUUGGUGCAACCAUUGCUUGUUUAAUGAAUCAAUGUGAUCGUCAUUAUCAUCAUAAUCAUUUUUAUCGUCAUCAUCGUAUGGAUCAAUAUUAUUUUCAAAAUAUGGCCAUCGUACCAAUGUUAUUACACUAUCCAUGUGCUAUCGAAUUGAAUUAUCAAUUUGAUGAUAAUAAUUUCACCGUCUAUUGUCCGGAUCAUCAACAACGAUGAUAGAUCUAUUUUAUUUCCUUACCUUUCCUUUCAUUUUUUUUCGAUCAUUUUCAAUAAUUUUCUUAAAUUUUAUCAAUUUUUUGUUCUCCUUUUGUUUCAUACACUUAUAUUUGCACGCCAAAACCAUCAAUUAAUCAUCAGUGAAUUAUAUAAACAUAAUGUUUUUUGUGAUACAAACAAACCAACAUUCAGAAACAAUAAUCUUUCUCUCUUUUUUUUCUAUUGGAACAUUUGUCAAAAGAAAAUGUCAUUUUAUUGAAUGUAUUCUCACUCUCUCAUACACACACACACACACUGUCAAUUAUAUAUUUUGUCAUGUCAUUUUAUAAUCAAAAAUUUGAUACUUUUUCAAUUAAUUCAACUUUAAUGUCUUUUCUCUGUUAACUUUCAUCACGAAUUAAAGUACAAGUGAAAAACACUUUGUUUUAAAUAUCAA